CGUCGCCUCCUCAACAAGACGUCGUCACCACUACUCCGCCAUCAAGCCCCCGAGUCCCUUCACCAAAAAGGGCAAGGGUUGAAAAGAUUGUUGAUCCUGCCCCUCAGUUGGGCAGUUCGUCGACUCUGCUCUUAGAUGAUCCUAUGAUCAAGGAUCUUCUCCGCAUCGGGUCCCAAUUUAUUGGGUACCGUGAAUAUGCCGCCAGAGCCGAAGAAAAACUCUCAGAGGCCAACGAACGUGUCGACGCACUUGCUCAAAAACUCGAGCAAAGUGAGGCGGCUCGCAAGAAAGCUGAACUUGCUGCUAGCAAAGCCAAGGCCGAGGUUGAUGAAGCCAAGGUGAAAGCUGCUAGUGUCGAGGAACUGCAGAGAAGGCUCAAAGAUGCCGAAUCUGCCUUAGAUGAGCGAAAACUGCACAAGCGUGCGUGA